AUGUUACUGAACGCUUUUCUUGUUGCCGAGAGUUGCAUCGAUGGGAUGAAAAACAGGCAAUUGACAUCCAUAGAUAAAAUCUUGGCUGCUCUGGGCAUCUCCAGGUUUUGCUACUUCUGCGUACUGCUAGUCAAGAUUUUCUGGAUGUCAGUCACUUCUUUGCCCUUUGAAGUGAUAGCUGUGUACCAAACAUUUAAAGCUCUCAUCUGGCUUCUCACGUGUAUCAGUUUCUGCUUCUCGUCCUGCCUGUGUUCAUUUUACUGUAUAAAAAUCGCUAACUUCAAGCACCAUCUGUUCCUUCGUCUGAAGAUGGGCAUCUCCAGGUGGGUGCCCUGGAUGCUCCUGGGUUCUGUGUUUGGAUCGCUGGCAAACACUUACCCGUUUUAUUGUGACAUUUAUCGUAUAGCUUGCAAAAACAGUACGUAUUCUCAUGCAUUUGGAAACGAAACAAGUGAAGAUCUUAUUUUGGAAACCAAUAUAUUUAAUCUGUUUAUGUACUGUGGCACGGGGUUUUCCAUAACAUUCUUCAUAUCCUUUGUAUCAUCUUCCCUCUUACUCUUUUCUCUGUGGAGACACACCCACCUGAUGCAGAGCACCUCCACGUCUUUCAGCAACCCAAGCAUGGCUGCCCAUUUUCGGGCCGUGAAAACGAUAAUGUCACUUUUGAUCAUCGACAGCAUUCAUUUUGUAAGUUUGAUGCUCCUGCUGUCCAAUAUUUUUUCAGACAGAAGUACGACAAACCGGCUCUUAUCAACCAUCAGCCACGCCUGUCCCUCCAUGCAGUCACAAAUAAUUAUCAGGAGCAAUCCCAAACUAAAGAGAGCGUUCGUUAAAGUAACAGAUUAUAUCAGGCAUGUGUUAGUUGGAAAAGGCAUGAUAAUUCAUGCCACGUUUUGUAGAAAAUAG